AUGCAUCAUUUUACACUAUACACCUCCAAGACACUGGCUAAGCGAAAGGAUAUGCAAGAUGCAUGGCAGAUUGCGUUUCCUAGAAUCGCGUACUCGUAUGAGUUUCUGAUGCACGGCAUUCUUGCGUUGUCCGUGUUUCAUCUCGCCCAUCUGACGCCCGAGCGAUACAGCUGUUAUUCGACAAAUUCUAGACUUCACAUCUCCGUCGGCCUGCGCUGCUUCCGAAAGGUUAUCCUAAACUCUACCGUCGAUAAUUGCUCCGCUUUAUUUGCAUUCUCAAGCUUAAUCAUGGUCUACAUGUUUGCCACAUUGUCAGAGUCUGCCGAGCUUAAAGCAUCUGAUGCUAUUGCAUCUAUUCUUGAAUUAUUUAAGCUUAGCUCCCUCAGGCCGCUCUUCCGGCGGGAGUUUGGAAUGAUACAGUCAAGUGAAACGGAGCUCUCAGGUGGCUUGUUUGAAGGAUUCGAAAAGCACCUCGACCGUCUCGGUCAGCCGACUGAGACAGACGUCUCAGGACCGGAACAGAAAAUCGCUUGCUUACAGGCGCUUGAAUGCCUGGGAAAGUCACUCAGGACUAUCGAGAAUUCGGAAAGGCCAUUGGAAUUGAACGAAUCAUUCAUUGGCCUGCUUCGGGAACAGCACGGGGUUGCUCUUGUAUUACUUGCCUUUUAUUGUGUGCAACUUCACGCCUUUUCUGACUACUGGUUCGUUGGGCCAAAAGGUCACUCAUUGCUUCUAAAAGCUACUGAUGCUCUAGCCGGCCAAUAUGUGUCAUGGCUUGAAUGGCCUAAGGGUAUCAUAUCACAAAGUACGUGA